CCGGGCUCCGUCCGGAAGUGAGGCAACAGGGGAAUGUCCGGUGACGUCAACACGUCUGGACGCCAUUAGAUCUGCAGCUGUUUGGAGAGCAACAACAACAAGACGAAAGACCCUCGUACGGAACGCGCUCUGGACCGCGGGAGCCCGACGCCUCUUUCCCCUCCCCCGGGCUUCACCGGCUUCUAACCACGGCCGCUCUCGGUGAGGAAACUCUGGCCUCCGCUUCCUCUUCCUCCGACUCGGACACCGGCGGAGCGUCGCCGCCCCCGCGGAAGAAGCGCCGAGCCUCGUCGGCGGAGGGAGUAGGAGAGCCCGGUGCUUCAGCAGGCCUUACGUCAGCAACCCACCUCAGCCGAACCGGCACCAACAUGCAGUCGAACGGGACGGGACAGGAACAGAACCACCCGGCCAGCGCGCAGAAUGGAGAUGCCAACGGCCUCCAGAGCAACGCAGGCUCGGCUUCGGGGGCCUCCGGGACAGGUUCGGGUUCCCUGAAGAAGAAGAAGCGUCUGUCUCAGGCGGAGGAGGACAUGAUCCGCCUCAUCGGACAGCAUCUGAACGGGUUAGGGCUGAAUCAGACGGUGGAUUUGUUAAUGCAGGAAUCUGGCUGUAGACUGGAGCAUCCAUCAGCCACAAAGUUCCGGAACCACAUCAUGGAAGGCGAAUGGGACAAGGCAGAAAAUGACCUCAAUGAACUGAAAGCAUUGAUGCAUUCACCCAGCGCUAUUGUGCGGAUGAAGUUUCUGUUAUUACAGCAGAAGUAUCUGGAGUAUUUGGAGGACGGAAAAGUUCUGGAAGCUCUUCAGGUGUUGAGAGGAGAGUUGACUCCGCUCAAAUACAACACCGAUCGAAUCCACGUGCUCAGCGGGUAUCUGAUGUGCAGUCACCCUGAGGAUCUGAAGGCAAAGGCUGAAUGGGAGGGAAAAGGCGCUGGAUCACGAUGUAGAUUAUUGGACAAACUCCAGACGUACCUGCCCCCGUCUGUAAUGUUGCCCCCUCGGCGGCUGCAGACGCUGCUCAGACAGGCCGUGGAGAUGCAGAGAGAUCACUGCCUUUAUCACAACACCAAACUGGACUCCAGUCUGGACUCCGUGUCCUUACUGCUGGAUCACGUCUGCAGCAGGAAACAGUUUCCCUGUUACACGCAGCAGAUCCUCACAGAGCACUGCAAUGAAGUCUGGUUCUGCAAGUUCUCCAACGACGGCGCUAAACUCGCCACCGGCUCGAAAGACACGACUGUGAUUAUCUGGCAGGUGGAGCCGGAUUCGCAUCAGUUGAAGCUCAUACGGACUCUGGAGGGUCAUGCGUACGGUGUGUCGUAUCUCGCCUGGAGUCCUGAUGAUGUUUACCUGAUCGCCUGCGGCCCAGACGAUUGCUCUGAGCUCUGGCUGUGGAAUGUUCAGACAGGAGAACUGCGGACAAAGAUGAGUCAGUCUCAUGAGGACAGCCUGACCAGCGUGGCCUGGAACCCUGACGGCAAGCGCUUCGUUACAGGAGGACAGAGAGGGCAGUUUUACCAGUGUGAUCUUGACGGAAACCUGUUGGAGUCGUGGGAAGGUGUGCGUGUGCAGUGCCUCUGGUGUAUGGCCGACGGCCGCACUGUUCUCGCCUCUGAUACUCACCAGAGGAUCCGUGGAUACAGUUUCGAGGACCUAACAGACAGAAACAUAGUUCAGGAGGAUCAUCCUAUAAUGUCUUUCACUGUUUCCAAGAAUGGAAGAUUAGCUUUGUUAAAUGUAGCAACUCAGGGUGUUCAUCUCUGGGACCUACAGGACCGUGUGUUGGUCAGGAAGUAUCAGGGUGUGAGACAGGGCUUCUACACCAUUCACUCCUGCUUCGGUGGACACAAUGAGGAUUUCAUCGCUAGCGGCAGUGAAGAUCAUAAAGUAUAUAUUUGGCACAAGCGCAGCGAGCUGCCGAUCAUGGAGUUGACGGGACACACACGCACAGUGAACUGUGUCAGCUGGAACCCCUGUAUUCCCAAUCUUAUGGCCAGCGCUUCUGACGACGGCACGGUCCGUAUCUGGGGACCUGCACCCUUCCUGGACGCACAAGAGCAGGACGGCCUCAAUGAGAGUUGCAGCAGUAUGGACAGUUGAUGGCAGCCCUGGAACAGAUGCCUUGUCGCAACAGAGAAAAACACAAUUACAGCAUUGUCCUCCUCCACAACGACACACGAGUCUAAAUGCAAAAGAGAUUGAGAACCUUGUUUUCAGGUGUGCGGAGGCAGCAGA